AUGGCAACUCAGACGAACAACGGCUCCAAGACGUCGAUGAUGCCCGAUGAUGGUACUGGUGUCAUUCAAACGGAUCCUUGGCUUGAGCCUUUUGCACCCGCAAUCCGCAACCGCUACGCCGGGUACAAGAAGGCUCUCGACUUCAUCAAUCAAAACGAGGGUGGCCUUGACAAGUUCAGCCAGGGCUAUAAGACUCUCGGCUUCACUGUUGACGACAAGGGUGGUGUCACGUACCGCGAGUGGGCUCCAGGAGCCGCCGAGGCUCGCCUUAUUGGCGAGUUCAACGGCUGGUCGCACACCGCCAACCCUAUGACCAAGUCUCAGUUCGGCGUGUGGGAGUGCUAUGUUCCUCCUAAGAGCCCCGGUGUCCCGGCCAUCCCUCAUGAUUCUAUGGUCAAGAUUUCCAUGACCACUCCCAGCGGCGAGUCCCUCGAUCGCCUGCCUGCGUGGAUCACACGCGUCACUCAGGACCUCAACGUCUCUCCUAUCUAUGACGCGCGCUUCUGGAAUCCGCCGGCCGCGGAGACGUACAAGUUCAAGCACGGGCACUCCACCAACCCUAUCGAAGGUCUCAAGAUCUACGAGGCGCACGUUGGCAUUUCCAGUCCAGCCCAGCGUGUCACCACCUACAAGGAGUUUGAAGACGAUGUCCUGCCACGCAUCAAGGCGCUUGGAUACAACACUAUCCAGAUGAUGGCAGUCAUGGAGCAUGCAUAUUACGCUUCAUUUGGAUAUCAGGUUACCAGCUUCUUCGCUGCCUCAUCGCGCUACGGCACUCCUGAAGAGCUCAAGAGCCUGAUUGACAAGGCGCAUGGAAUGGGCAUCACUGUGCUUCUCGACGUCGUGCACUCGCAUGCCUGCAAGAACGUACUUGACGGACUGAACAUGUUUGACGGCACCGAUCACUGUUAUUUCCAUGAGGGAGCACGGGGUAGACACGACUUGUGGGACUCGCGCCUCUUCAACUAUGGUCACCCGGAGGUCCAGCGUUUCCUGCUGUCAAACCUCCGCUACUGGAUGGACGAAUACAAGUUUGACGGCUUCCGCUUCGACGGUGUCACCAGCAUGAUGUACAAGCAUCACGGCAUGGGUGUCGGCUUCUCAGGUGGCUACCAUGAAUACUUCGGAGACGACGUGGACCUCGAGGCUAUGACAUACCUCAUGCUCGCCAACAAGAUGAUCCAUGACCUCUACCCCCAAGCUAUCACUAUUGCUGAGGAUGUCUCGGGCAUGCCGACUCUCUGUCGCCCGGUCGCUGAGGGUGGUGUUGGAUUUGACUACCGCUUGUCCAUGGCCAUUCCUGAUAUGUGGAUCAAGAUACUCAAGGAGAAAUCGGACGACGAGUGGGACAUGGGCAACAUUGUCCAUACCCUCACUAAUCGUCGCCACCAGGAGCGAAGCGUGGCUUACGCUGAAAGCCACGACCAGGCUCUCGUCGGCGACAAAACCUUGGCGUUCUGGCUUAUGGACAAGGAGAUGUACGACUUCAUGUCUGUUCUCUCGCCUCUUACCCCUAUCAUCGAUCGCGGUCUGGCACUCCACAAAAUGAUUCGCUUUGUCACCCACGCCCUGGGUGGUGAGGCGUACCUCAACUUUGAGGGCAACGAAUUCGGCCACCCGGAAUGGAUGGACUUCCCUCGUGAGGGCAAUGGCAACUCAUUUGCGCACGCCCGCCGGCAGUUCAAUCUUGUCGAUGACGAUCUUCUCCGUUACAAGUUCCUCAACAACUUUGACGGCGCCAUGAACAACCUCGAGAGCAAGUACCGGUGGCUGAGUGCCCCUCAGGCUUACGUGUCGCUCAAGCACGAGGGCGACAAGGUUAUCGUCUUUGAGCGAGCUGGUCUGCUGUUUAUCUUUAACUUCCACCCCACCAACUCCUUCACUGACUACCGUGUUGGUGUUGACCAGCCUGGCAAGUACCAUGUCGUUCUAAACACGGAUGAUGAGGCCUUUGGUGGUCACGCGCGUGUUGCCAAGGAGGGCGAGUAUUUCACUACCGACAUGGAGUGGAACGGACGCAGGAACUUCCUGCAGGUCUACAUUCCGUCGCGGACCGCUCUUGUUCUGAGCCUGUAG